AACGUGCCGCUUUUUUUUUUUUGCCAUGUCGGUGUCUUUCGGAGGUUCUUCGAGAUAUUUGUAGUUCAGUCUAGUUUUGUAGAAGAUGAAUGAUAUGGGACUUGGGUCACGGGCAAGAAGAUCCCUCCAGUUAGAGAACCAAGGCAUAAAAAAAGGUCAAAGGACACCUAAAAAAAGCCACCUAGCCGAUAAAACAUUCUCUCCUGUGACUGGAACCCGCCAAAUAAGCCCAAUUCACACAUCAAAGCAAGUUUCUCCUUCAAAGAAAGCUGGAACUGUUGCCACAAAAGACAAGGCUUUGGAUCUGACUGACAAGCCAAACCCUGAUUCCCAAGAAGACAGGUUACAUUCACUGAGAAUAAAGGUGGAAAAGUCACUGCAAGAUUUUGAAAAAGCUAGAGAGCAAUUAUUAAGUUUACAGACUUUGGAGGGCAGCAGUGAACUGGGGAGAAUUUUCAAAGGAAGCUCUGCUGAUAUCCGGCAAGAACUUUCAAGAAACAGGCAGCUAAUGGAGGAUCUUGGAAAGCAGAACUUGUAUAAAACACAUUAUCCACCCGCUCAGACAGAUCUGAUUCAGAUUGGCAGCAGUUAUAACUUUUUGAAAUCGGUGGCAAAAUAAGGUAAGC